AUGUCAGUUGUAGCCGCCUCCAAUUCUAAGAAAUCAUCAUCGUUUUCGUCGUUGCCAGAGGAAGUUGUUUUGAAGUGCUUAUCCCGCAUUCCGAGAUGGUAUGACCCAUACCUCUCUUUGGUCUCCAAAACCAUAAGGUCGCUCGUGCGCUCACCAGAACUGCACCGUUUGCGAUCCCCGCAUAAGUCCGUCUUUCUCUCUUAUGAUUUGUAUCAAGGCAGGUUGAGCCAGCCCCUUCACUACUGGAUCACUUUUCUUCCCGGUGAGAAGACCACUGACUAUAAGCUGGCGCAGAGAUCUCUGUCGGAUGUCCUCCCGACACCUUCUCUUGGUGUUGGUUCUGCUCUGUCCGUUGGAUCAGAGAUCUAUUUCAUUGGUGGAAGAAGCUUUGGACCUACCUCCAAGAGACUUUGGAUCCUUGAUACUCGAUCUGGUCAUUUACGUACGGCUCCAAGCAUGAAAGUGGGUCGUCGGUCGGACUGCAAACUAGCAGUGGGAGUGGUCGACGGGAAGAUAUACGUAAUUGGAGGAAGUGUUGAAGAUAGCCAAGUGGAAGUGUUUGAUCCAGAAACGCAAACGUGGGACUUCGCAGGCGAGGAGAACGUGAAAUGUGAAUCCAGGUUUAGUGCGACUCUUGAGGAAAAGGUUUAUAUGGUGGACAGGGAUGGGAGAGUCAGCGCGUAUAGUCCGAGAGAAGGUAUUAUAAACAAUGAAGCAACGGAGAUACUAAGUGUAGUUGAUAGAGUAAAGUUAUUGUGUGUGGUAGAGAAUGUGCUCUACGCUUGUUUUGAGUGGAAUGGGUUAAUGUGGUUUAACACAAAGCUCAAGGUUUGGACAAGAGUGGUUGAUCGUGAUGGUAAGGAUGGCAAGUUAGAACUGUAUUCAUUUGCUGCUGCAAAAAUGGUGGACUACAAAGGAACGAUAGCGUUUUUCUGGUCACUACCUAAUAUUGAUCGCACCAAGAAGGAUGUUACGUGUAAAUUGAUCGCAUUGGAUAGGGUAGGAGAUAAUAUUCGUGGGAGGAUUGAGUGGUCUGGCAUUGUGGCCACAUUGCCGCAUAACAUUGUUUUGAGGGAUUGUUUAGUUGUUACCGGUUGA